AUGGUACAAAAACUGCUUCUGUACUUUUGUGCGGUAAGUGAAUUCAUGUUUACUGGGGUAAAAUAUUUUGAAACUCUGAUGCUAAUUUUUUAAGUUCACUAUUACGCUGUAUUACUUUCCUAUUGGAUAAAAUAGGUUUUACACACUUUCACCUGUGCCAACGGAUCAAACGUAACAGCAGCAUAUUCAUCACGUUAUUCUUUUGAGGGUGAGUAGACAGAAGACUUAGGAGUAUUAUUUGGAACUGUACCAUUUUGCCUAUCAAUUCUGAAGAAGGCUCUGGAAAUUCACGUGUUAAGUAUGUAAUUUAUGAUCCUGUAAAGAAUAGUUAUAAAGAAUAAUUACAAAAAGCUGGUCUAUUCCUUGUUGAUGAUUCGAGUUCUAAAUUUUCAUGUCCAGCUCUGGGUUGAAUUUUGACAUCGGUUAUGUCUACAAGCCAAACCGGGCUGUCACUGAUAAAAAAAACACUCAGUCUGUUCAAAUUUUAAAGAACAUUUUCAGUCUUUUUAAUUUCAUGUUAAUUAUUAGGCGUGCAGUUAAAAUGAAUAUAUCACACUAUGUGGCUAAAAGAAUCGGUUUAACAUAUUCAACAUAUUGUUCACGUGAAGAGAGAGUAACUUUAGUAAAAUAAAUAUUUAUGUUGAGGAUGACAGGUCCACAUUGAGAAUGCAACUUCCACCUGCACGGGAUAAAAUGUUUUAUUAAAUGAAUCGUGCUGUAAAUCACCAAUAUAUGCAAAUAAUCUAGGGCGUCGCGGAAACCUUUACCGCUCUGAAAAAAUGUUAAUAUCUGCAGCUUACUGUGCACUAUCACUAAUUUUUACAUUAUUUCCAUCAAUUUAAAGAGGAAUUUUAUCGAUCCUUCCAUUUUUUCCCGCCAAACUUCGUGCGCUCUCCCACAGCAACAAAGAACUACAUUAAUAAUUAAUUAAAAAACUAUUUAGAACAAAUGACGCUGCCAUCCUCACCAGUUCAAUUACGGAUGUUCCUUACAUCAUGAUGAAGCCCAAGAGAUUAUAACAGUUUAUAUUCUCUUGUUAAGCCCUAAAUGUCGAAAGUAACGUAUACAAAAAAGAAUAGAGCCCUGGAAUAUCAUUGGUUAUGAAUCACGCCUACAGGUAACUCACGUCAUAUUUUCUCAAAUGAGCGCCGUCGCUUUGAUUAACCCCCCCGCAUCACAAGUAAAAGUCCAUCACCUAAGGCUAUAGUGUCAAACAAGCGCCUCCUCGUAUGGCACCCCUCCCCCUUAAUUAAUUAGUUAAUUUUUAAAACUUAAUAUAGUGCCUUUUAACAUUAAAAUGAUCAAAAGCGCUUAACAUGAAUUAAAAAAUAUAUAUAAAAAUGCAGUAACUAUAAUGAAUUAUAAGAAAUAUCUAUAAAACCUAAUACUAUAAAUACCCAAUUGACCACCUCUAAGAAAAGUUACUCGUUGUAAGCUAAAUUAAAAAGAUGUGUCUUAAGUUUUUUCUUAAAAUGCCGAGUGAUGUUAUUUCCCGAAUAUUUGCUGGAAGGCUGUUCCACAGUGUGGAGGCAGAAGCAUAAAAUGAACGAGCUCCUAAUGUAGAUAGCAUGCGCCCCUUGAGACGGUCCAAAAAUAAUGAAGAAUUCGAUCUAAAGGGAAUAAACAGAACUACAACUAUUGUGAAUAUGGUAAAAAGCAGUCUUACAAACAUGAUUUACAUGAGUAUCCAGACUAUUUGAAAUGUCAAAUAUCGUUCCCAAACUCUUUCUCUGAAACCAGUCGAGCGUAACACCGCGCAUGCCAAUGUCCUUGUCAAGUCUCUCCAACAGAAUGUCGUGAUUGACAGUGUCAAAAGCUGCGCUGCGAACAAGCAACAACUUAAGUGUGACUUGCUGAGAGUUCAUGUUCAGAAGAACAUCAUUUAUCACUUUCAGCAAGGCUGUUUCCGUACUGUGGUGUUGGCGGUACGAUGACUGGAGCUCGGGAUAUAAUGAAUCAAUAGUCAUGUGACUAUGCGUUUAUUGGAAAACGGCCUUCUCUGUAAGCUUAGAAAUAUACUGCAAAUUACUUACGGGGCGAUAGCUCUUCAGCAAUAAUUUCAAGUCCAAGUUUCUUAAGCAAAGGAAGGACUAGCGCACAUUUCCUUCGAACAGCAAAUUCACCUGUCUGUAGCGAUAAGUUUAUAAUCUUAGUUAUCAUGAUAACAAAACAUCGAUGCAGCCGAUAGCAAGUGUUGUAGGUAUAUGAUCUAGUAAACAUGACUUUUUGGGGAUGGACUCAAUAAGUUUUCGGACGUCAGAUUGGCUGAGUAUGUCAAACUUCUCAAUGGACUGUACAUCACGAACGCACUCGUUAGCAGUGCGGAGAGGAGGGAACGAAAGCAUGUCGAGUUUGGUCUGUAUGGUGUCAAUCUUUUAAACAAAGAAGUUGCUAAAUCAAGCAAUCUUGUCGUCAAAUUGAGGAUACUCCACCACGUUCUCUCUCCUAAGCAGUCUCUCAGUGGCCAAGAACAGUUUCCUCUGAUCAGUGCUGUUUUCUUUUACAAAAUCUUUGAAAAACAAUUUACGUGCUUCAUUCAUCGGAUUGUUAGUGUUGUUAUUAAUAGCUUUGUAUGCAAGGAAAUCUACCUCCAAACCAAUGCGCCGCCAUCUCCUCUUCGCCCUGCGUCUCUGUCUUCUAGCCUCCUUAAUAUCAUCGUUGAAUCAAGGUACUAGGGGCCUAGCUGGGAUGGUCUUUGUAAUGAGUGGUGCAUGCCGGUCCAGGGUAGACGCAAGAGUGGAAUUAUAGCACGACACAAGAUCAUUCAUUGUGUCCGGGGUAUUUGUACAUAAGUCCGACGAUGAAAUUUCAUCAGAUAGCACAUCAAAAUUCACGCCUUUAAACCUCCUAAAGUUCACUGUUUGCUUUGUUAUCCUAGGCUUGUCAAGGUUUAACCGGCGUAUAACAGACUAGUGAUAGGAAAUGUGAUAGUCUGAUAUGGGAGUUUCCCUAACCAAGUGUUCGAAAUGUCGUGUUACGAUUAGGUUAAAACAUCCUGUUGUAAACUCAUUAUCUCCAGUAAAUCAAGAAGUUUCAAUCUGUGGGGGUCCCUAACAACGUUGACAUGGAUGUUGAAAUCGCCAGUUAUUAGGAGAAGCUCAGAUGAGAGGAUUAUAGAUAUAGAUAAUCAGAAAACUUCUCCUUUUUGGCCACUCACUUUCUUGAAUAGUAAGGAUGCAAGGAAAACCUGUUUCUGUUGCCACUCUUUCAUGGCACUUUUUCAGCUUCAACUAUAGACGAAUCACUACAGGCAAAUAUUUCCUUUUCUGUUAAAUUACCCCUAAGUUAUUUCUAUCUCCAUGUUCUUACUGUUCUUUUAAUAUUUUUCCAUUGCUAUACAUAUGGUUAAACGUAAAUGCGGUAAACUUCCCAAAAACAAUUCGACCAUUCUCUAGUCUUCGAGGACCAGUGAUCUUUAAAUUACAUCUUAGUCAGCUUCAAUGAAACCGGUGUCAGUUAAGAAAGUCUGAAGCUUUGAUUGGAUCUUAAUAGAGAAUUAACGCAUAGUUAUGCUUGACUUUGGAGGAUACAAAGGUGAACAUGCCAGAAUUUUUGAAUUUAUCAAAUAACGGCCCAGUUUUCUCAUUGUUUUCCGAAGUCCAUGUUGAAGACGAAAAAACUUAAUUUAGAAAAAAAAAAAAAGAAGUAACAGCAGCAACACGAUAAACAACAAUUUGAAAGGAGUCACGGGCCACAGUUUUCAUAUCCAUGACCUUUUACUCUAGUCUGAACUUUUAGAUCACACGACAGGCUGCCUAACCAUACCUGGUAAAGGACGAAUUUAGAGGAGGGGGGAGGGAAGGGGAUCCCUAUCACAAUUACAGGACAAAUUGAAGUUAUCAUUUUUUCAGUUCUUUUCCUACGAAAAAAAUAUUCCUAUUUAGAAUGUAACAGUUAACCGAUUCUCGACGCAUUUUUUUUUCCUUUUAUUUUAGAUAGGGCUUUAUAUUUUCCAAAGAAAGGAGUCAGUGAUUUUAUCAGCGUAACGGGAAUGCCAAGUUUGACGAAAUUCACCGUGUGUUUCUCGAUGAAGUCUAGCGAUUCACAAGGAACUCCUCUCAGCUAUGCUGUGCCACAAGAGUACAAUGAGCUGGUCAUUGACUACGACAGAAAUGGGUUCCUGCUGACAAUUGGAACAUUUUCCAGGUAAAUGGCUUCGUAAAUUCAUUGAAAAAAAGAUGCUAAACUAGUCAAGAGUUUAAAUCUUAUGUGCAUGGUCGGCUCAGCACACCAACCCGGUGGCUACAUAGAGUUAUAACACAAUUCGGAAACGCUCCUUGUCACAAAUUGCAAAAUGGUUUUAAGCUUUAUCGUCUUCUUUUUGAAGAGUUAAAGCCAUACUGUUUCGGGCCUUUGUUUAGCCAACCGCUCGUCGAAGAAAAACUGUCCCUAUUUUAACUACUCGAGUGGAUACUCGCAAAAUUAUGGUGGCAAUUCUUACGUGAAAGAUGUGAAACUAAAUCAUUAAUUUUAAUACAAGUUGUAACUUUCUUCUCCUUCUUCAGCCGCAGUAAUACUCUUGUAAAUGCAUUUUUGAAAUUCUAAACUAUAUUCAGGUAUUCAUAAUUAAUUUUAAGAUGAAUUAGAAAGAAAAACCUCUGAAGAGUAAGGGCAUCGCUUGGUUGAAAUUGCAGACAAAAUAGAUGGACGGUUUUGUACUGACUAACCUGACGUUUUCACGAAUGUGUUAGCAGUUCAAAAUUCAUUUGCUUUAAAGAUUUUUUAAUUCGUUGUUUUAGACUCAUUCAUCUUUUAGGUGUAGAUAAAGAUAUCCACCUUGACGUCUUGUGAAAAGGCUCUUGAAAUUCUGUAAAAGAAACAGGAGAGCUUUUGGGAUCUAUUCAGGGGUUUCAAUAACUUCUUUUCAUAAUCGGCUGUCGAGGGUGUUUUUUAGGCGGCUGUGCCCGGAAAAGGGGCCGUAACGUUAAUCCCAAGUAUGAGAGCCUGAACAGACGGCGGUAAGAGGUUUUACAGCCAGGUGGUGGGAGUCCACUGGCAAAUGGCUUUUCCUGAAACUGCUGGUUAUUUCCCUUGUAUAUCUUUCUGUCUUACGAUGAUUCACGUUAUAACAUAUAAGACUUAGGCUUUGUUUAAUUCACAUGGCGCAUUAUAAGAUAGCUGUAAGCUUCAGGCAGGGGUUCUAUAACCCUUGUGACCGCGAUGAAAUAGGUCUGGAAAAUAGGUGCAGCUUUCUUCUUACAUAGAAUUUCCUUUAGCAAUAAUACCAUUGUUUAUAUUGUUGUUGACAGUCAUUUUUUUCGGUUAGAGACAAGCCAUUAUUUGUCCACGGGGAGUGGAGGAGUUUGCGGGGGUCACUUCGUUUUCAGGGAGAACGGAGAGAGGAUCAGUCAUCAUUAAUAGAGUACAAAGGAAGGACUAUGGAAAAUUGACUGCCAUUUAACUAACAACAGGGGGAGGGGGGUCUCAAGAAUGUAAGAGAGCCUUAUGAGGGCUCAGGGAAACUUUAUUGUGACAGAACCAAAAUCCUCCAAUCCUCCCCGCCCUAUCCCACGUGAUAAAUGAUGACUGCUCCCUUAUUUCCAAAUUUGUAGAAGAAUAUCUGUAUCCGCCAACGAUGGCCUCUGGCACCACAUCUGUGUUUCCUGGCAAGGAAAUUCAGGAUCAUGGAAAUUCUACAUCGAUGGGAAUAUGACGGAUCAGGGUACAAAUCUCGGGAAAGGCCGCGUGAUAACACCUGGUGGCUUGUUGAUGCUGGGUCAAGAACAAGAUUCACUUGGGGGCGGGUUCUCGCGCUCCCAGUCUUUUCAAGGGAUGCUUUCAAACUUUAACAUAUGGAAUGUAACACUUUCUUCUGAACGCGUGAGAAAGAUGUCGCAAAAGUGUAUAAUAGAUGAAGCUUCAAAUGACAGAGUGUUUCAGUGGCAGGAUUUCGUUGAUGGAUCUCGUAAAGGAGAAGUAAGGCUGGUGAAAGCUUCUCCUUGUAAGACGAUAGAGUGUGAGUGAUAGGAUGAAGCAAAAUUGUUAGGGGGGAGGGGGCAGUGUCGCUAUUUUUACAUAUAAAUAGAGCGUGAAAAAUGAGACGCAAGCAAAUAUAUAUCAUGUAUGAUAAGUCACCGAUUAUUUGAACUUCCACUCAAUUGCAACGUUUAAGAAAAAGGAAACAGCCGUUUGAUUUCCACUUGUAAUUCAUCCAUUUUGGGGUGAUUUAUUCACGAAUCGUACCAUUUUUUUCUUUAAAUUGCAUCUUUUUUUUCCAGUCAGAGAGGAAGCUUUACUAAAAUACAACUAUUAAUUGCUUGUUUACAGGAAACCAAUCUAGUAGCAGGGAAAUUAAAAACAACUUUUGCAAUUUUCUGCAAACCAGCUCACUACUGGAUCAACGAAACAUUUGCACAGACCAAAAAAAUCCUGUGUCCCGGAACCGUAAUUUUGAGAAACUAACCACGCAAGGAAAUAGAGACUGUCAGUAUAUUUAUUGCGUGUAGUGGAUAAAGUAACUAGAGAUAUUUAACAAGAUUAAAAUCUGAAAAUAAAAUAGAAAAAUGCCUCACAAUAAGCUACAUUAGUCCAAUUCUUGCAUCUGUUCCAAAUUUCUUCAACCGCUGACAUCUUUUCUUUCAGCAAUCUGGAGUGCUUGGUCGAAAUGUAGCAAGACCUGUGGUGAAGGAACUCAGACACGCACACGUGAGUGCAGGUACCAAAACUGCGCUGAAAUGAGGGUGUGCCAACCUCUUAAACCGUGUUCAGGUACGUUUUGAGCGAAAUAAAUAAUAACUUGAGGUGCUCCCCUGGCUGUCUCCUGACAAAAAGUUCGGACGCGCGAUGUACCGAAGUUGUCAUUGGAGUAACUCCCCUGGACUACUGACUAUAUGCAGAAAUACCCUCUUCCAUUUUACCCUCAUCAGAAGACAGGUGAACGAUGCCCUUAACUAUAGUGCAGAAGUUGAUUGAAAAAUUAGAUAUUGUACAGUCUCAAAUAGUUUCUCAAAAACUUCUUUAUUUCUAUUCAUAGUGCCUGGCAGUAAGAUCCAAGUUAAUGGCAUCAGUUCCUCAUCUCUCCUUGUCAAUUGGACUACUAAAUGGCAGAGGCUCUGGCCUCGCGAACUAAGGAAGAUUCAAAUAAUAUACAACACCUCAGAGAAUGAAAUAGCUCAAAAUAUCACGGUGAAUCCAUUGACCAAAUUUGUGGAACUACGAGGUCUUUUGCCUUUUACGAAAUACUGCGUCAGAGUUCAAAUUGUAACUCACGAAGGGGCGGGAAAGCCAUCAACUUGUGCUCUUGGGAAAACGCAACAGAGUGGUAGGUAGAAAGGUUCGUGUAUUGUCACGCUUAUUAAAGUUUCAGCUGUGAGCUUGGGCGCCACUGAAACUGCUGUAAGACUGUUGUGCAAACAUUUCACCAUUGGACAUGGUUUGAUGCUACUCUGGUUUAAAGAUUUAAUGAAUGUAAUCGAGAAGUUGCAAUUCAUAGACCCAACGUUUCGACACUCCUGUCUAGUGCCUUAAUGAGAGCUGAUCUAAUCGCUUCAAUAAGAGUGCCUUUUAUAUGCUCAUUAAUUAGCCACCUUUUUUCUGACGAGGUGUAAAUAGACGUCAGGUAGUGAACCGCCAUCAUUACGAUUUAAAGGAGCGUUGGCGGAGUUGAUAUGCCACGUUUCCAAACAAAGACGCUAGUGGCACGUUGAUAAGUGGUGAUAAUUUUAGACUUCCCCACCCGAUUGUAUGGUUAGUUAGGCAUGUGUGCUCUGACAAAGCUGAAUUUUCUUUUUUGCCAAAGAAGACCGCUUUUUGAUGCCAUGUCUGAUUGUCCACCCUUGCUUUUAAAGUUGAAAUUAACAUCCACAAUGGAAAAACUAUUAUGUUCAGUCUAUCGCCAGUUUGUGCCUAGUUUGUGAUCAGAUGGCUGUUCUUUCAUAAUCUUUGACCAAAUGUUUCAAUUAAUUUCUCAGUCCCCCGCAGCCCUCCAACAGGUCUUGCAGCAAUCAAUUUCUUCAGUCCAUCCAGACUCUACGCGACAUGGAAAUCAUUACCUGCAGCUUAUUGGCAGGGGAUCCCAACAGGGUAUUCUAUAAGGUUUCAAGUAAAACAUACUAUCCAUGAAGAAAACGAAACAUGGACUGGGGAAUUCCUCGUUCUGCCAUAUUCAACAAAGGCAUUACUUAAAGGACUUCAAACAUAUGCAACUUACAGCCUAAAGAUUGCAGCUGUCACCCAAAUAGGCCCAGGCCCGUACAGCGAAGAAAUUCUUAUAGGUUAGUUAGAAACAUUUUAACCUAAUGUUCAGCAAUGUUGUUCCUCAAUUGAGAGUCGAAAGUAAUUCUAGAUAGAAUUGCUUUAAUCGAAUCCUCCUCUCCUUUAGGAAAACUUCAGAAACUUUAGAAACUUAGGGAAAACUAUGUCCCACCCAAGUAAUAAAUACGAUUUGACUUAUGCCCCCUUUAUGGUUUACAUGCGUAGCUCUGUUCAUGUUUUGGCCCUUUACAAAAUUCUGCAUUUAGUUUCUUUUCGAUACUUUGCUCAAGCACCUUACAAUGAUUUUAAACUAAUAUCCCUGUACUUUGCAAAGGAGUUUAGGUCGGUGCAAUAAACACCCAGGGCUAUCUGAUAAAAAUUUGGGAUGGUAACCGAAGAAGAAAUGAUAUCCUUGUGGUGAAACGUUUUAAUACACAAUAGUUUACACAUACACCAUGUGCAAGUAAAUUUCUCAGUGAAAAAUGCAAAUGAUUUCUCUCGUCAGCUUUAGAUAGUGAAUCUGAGGAUAACACGAUGAAAAACGAGAAAAAUGUGUAACUUUUUCCAUUUCUUUUUCUUAGAAACGUGCCGAUGUCCCAAAAAGAUAUAUGUGAACUGGGUUAAACUUCCACAGCUUUGUGUUACGCAACACUCACAAAACAAGAAAGUUCCCGGUGGAGUUUUUCCUGAAUUGGUUUAUGAAAUGAUACAUCAUGUUUGCGGCACAUGUCAUCAAUAUGAAAGAACAGAAAUAAUUUUUAAUGAAGUGAACGGCAAUUUUGAAGAUAUGACCAGUGCACCCGAUGAACUUAUGCAUCUGAAUAUGCCUAUCAAGAUAUUGCCCCAAGAACCAACCUCUGGGGAGGGGUGGAGACUUUUACCUCUGGUGGAGGUACCAGGGUUUGUACUCGUGAUGAGGAAGCCCAGUACAGACACGUAUGCAGUUUUUCUUAAGUCUUCUGUCCUAGGUUGCUGGCCUGCUUUUGCCGUGAUGUUUGCCAUGUAUCUCACUUUUGGGUUGGCAACCUGGACUGUGGUGAGUGAAGCCUUAACCCCUUCCUCUCCCAAGAUCUCACAACUAAUUCUCCUUACUGUCUGACAUAAAUUUCUCAUGGUGUCAAUAAAGAGAAUUAGUAUUGAGAAUUUGCUUGAUCAGCAUAGUAUUGAUAUUUUGAGGAAAAUUCUUUCUUGGUUUCCUUGAGGUCAACAAGUGAUUUACCUACACCACCUAUAUAUCUCAGCUAACGUUCUCUGAGUCAUGUGUUUCCUGGCACCAUUUCACUUUAAAUGACAUUGACUAUGUGACGUAAGAUACAUAAUUUGUACGUCGUGAGAUUGAUGAUCAUGGCCAUAAUUAACAGUUAAUCACAGAUGUGGAGGUAUAUAGUGGUAGAUAUUCACCGACACUGCGGUGAAUAAUUGUUUCAGUAUGUACCACAAAGAAGCCAAAAUAAUUAGUUUAUUUUUGUCGAAAUACCAAAAGAUGGUCGUAAAUUAAAUUUUUGAUGCACAAAUUUUCCUUUCGGCUGUUCGGAGGUGAGCAGUACUCGCUAAUCAGCAUUAUUUGCAGUUAGACUCAGGGGAAACAUAAUACUUACCAUCGGCACUUUCCCAGAACGACAAGAACUUUACUUAGUCGGAAUUUAAAAGUUAAAUUAUCAGAAUGGUGACGCAUCACCGGCUUACAGAGGCACAUCAAAAAUUCACACAUCGUUACAGUAAACCAUACAGAGGAAUAUAAUUUAGGUAAAUUUGGCCUUCUCAAAUACGAAUUUUAUUAUUUAAAAACCCUAUUUUACCAGAAGUGCUGCCGAUGCCUUUUAAAUACAAAGUUCUAAUUAGCGUCAAUUUUAGCUUGAAACUUCCAAUAUUAAAGAUGAAAUUCCUCCCGUUUAUCCCAUCGACGUUAUUCUCUAUGUAGGAGAUGCACGCGAAUCCUAAACAUUUUCCGCCGCGUUUUUCGCGAGGCUGGAGGGAAGGAGUUUGGUGGUCUUUUGUUUCCAUGACAACUGUCGGGUAGGUGAGAGGAAAUCAUAGCUGAUAAUUAAGAGGUAUUCAUUUUCCCUUUAAAGAUUAUUGUUGUCCCUUCAUUUGUCAUGUCACCCUAAAAUCAAACAGGCACAAAAGUGCACUGAACAGUUUUCACUGCUCUUUGUGCAAACCAGCAUUAUUUUCAAAAGAAGGAUCCCUCGAGCAUGAUUACCAUGUUCCUAGUUUAAGGAAAUUCGUCAAUAGCAACUGUUGGUGACCUAGGAAGAAUAUAAGUCGCAACUCGUCCAAACAGGGUGGGAGGAUGAAUAUUAUUUGACGGGUUCACAACAUCAAAAGUACCUUACUUAUAAAUUGCAAGAAACUGAAUAUACCUUAUUCAAUGUCUAAUGUAUUUUUUGUCAAAGUUCAUUUUCAAUCUCAUGUUGGAUGAAUGGUACAGACAAAAUCAUUGCAGGAUUAAAUUCACGCUGUCAAUAUUUAUAUAGAUGAGCAAAUUUCAUAGAGUAGAAAUAUUUUUAAAAAGCUUUGAGAGAUUUGGUUAAAUGCUAAAAGCACAUAAUGGGCCGAGCAUCUAGCUAUUACAUUGCUUCAUUUAUUAGCUCGUCUUCAACUGAACUAUUUAUCCAUUAACUUAUGAAAUCACUCAAUCAUUCUUCAUUAAAAGCGUGUUAAAUUCUGUCAAUAACACAGGUAUGGUGAUCGUCAUCCAGUAUCAGUGCUUGGAAGGCUCAUAAGCAUUGUCACUUUUCUUGUGGGUGUCGUCAUCAGCGCUUUAUUUGUAUCAGCUCUAUCGUCACUGCUGACGGUUUUCACAAUUAAUACGUUAACCAAUCCUGAGCAGGGAAAAGCGGUAAGAGGAAAUCUAGUUCGUUUCUUCAUUUUAUUCAGUUUGUUACUUCAUUGAUUGUCUUAACGAACUUACAAGCACUUCACUGCUGGAUACUACAUUUAUCUUGUCAUCAAGCACAAAGACAAUUGAUCAUUAGUUAUCUCAGUGCGCAAGAGUCGCGACCUCGUGAAGACUGGUAUCCGAAAUAUUAAGUACAAUUAAUAGUUGAAACCCGCGAUUCAAUGCCAGUUCGAUUUAUGGAAAAAUUGGGCAGGGUGCCAGGGCUGGCAGGUCACUAAGAGUGGCAGGUUGUCAUGCCUGGCAGAUUACCAAGACUGGCAGGUCACCUAGGUAGACAGGUUACAAAGGCUGGUGUUUGCUUGGUUUUUAAUUCUUAGAAGAAGUAUCGCUUGAGGCAUGCAGAGCGAAAUCCUGCUUAUAGUCCGAGCAUAAUCACAUGCGUUAUGGUGUCUAUUGACUAUCCCAAAGUAACUUCGAACUGGACUGUCCGUGAUACUUGUGUAUACAGGAUAUGCGAUUUCUGGAGUUCAGUGACAUACAAUGAACACAUUUUGAUGAAUCAUAAUGCAUGUGAUUAUGCUCGGACUAUUCACUUCUAACCCAUUUCAUUUUUCAGAUCGGCGUGAUCAAUGGUUCCCUUGAACAUCGUUAUGCUCUGCGAAUCAAUGGAAGCAAAGGUAAAUGAAUUUAAUUUUUUGAAUUUCAAUACAGUAAAUGGUUUAUCGUCCGAGUGAAAGUAAUGGAUCGAGACCGACCAAUCACGACCGACCUACGCCGCUUGAGUCUUACAGCCAAUAACAUCACAGCAAAACUUACCCAUCAGUUUAUACAAACCGGACUUUGAACAUUCGACCGACAACAACUAUUCACUUGACUCUGAUGAUGACUUCCGCUCAGGUUGUCGAAACAUCAGUCACUACUACCGACAACAGUCCUUCUCAGGACUACACUCACCCGAACGAUCAAAGUACACUACUACCAAAUUUCAAUAGUAAAACCUGUUUAAAUUUCAGGCACGCAUUACUACACAAGGAAUACUUUGGUACCUGAUCUUAAAUCAAAAGCGUUGGAUGGUGCUUUAAUGGACUUCAUGUUCGUGAACUCUUUUAUGAAGGACUUGGACGAUCCUGACUUUAGAGUUUAUAAAAUUGUUCCAAACAGGUUUUAUUAUGGAAUAAAAUUAAUUGGAGAAGCAAGGCACUAUCUCGGAGCGUUCAAGGAAUAUUUGAAAAUGAUGCCUAUCGAGAAUAGACUAGGGAAGCCAAAAGUAGACCAGGUGAGAUAAUUUCUGCCUUGGAAACUAGUUAAAACUAAUCAAAGUGUUUAAGACUUUGACCAUGUUGUUUUCUUAAAGAUAUUUAACGUUUGGUAAAUGGAGAACAUUUUUGUAGUUAAUGAUUCAAAGAACAAGGGAAGGAAUAGAUUAGCUUCAUUAUAUCAUUGGUAGGGAAUACCAUAACGUAGAAAUGCAGUUGAUUGAAUUGAAAAUGGUUCUCCAUGGAGGUGUUCCACAGAUUGUACUUUCGUCUAAGAUUUUACCCUGUAGAAAUCUUUUGAAUAAGUUUUGCUUUCUUUUCUUGAAGGGACCUUUAGAUCAUUCUACAGAAGCCACACCGACCAUGGAAGCAAUAAAAUUUUCUGACCCAAGGAGUUUUCUUUACAAGAAAACUUUAGAAGUGGUUAGUUUUGGUCUGAUCACAGUGGCUACAGGUGGCCUCGCCUACCACGUAAUGCAGAUAUGGCUGAAAAGGAACGUAAAGCAUGCUAAUAAUAAAAAAGAUAGUCAACUGAAAGGUAAAGAGGCCCUAACCCUUGAGCUACAGUAUAAAGAACUGAAAAACAACUAAAGAGUAUCUUUUACUUAUAUUACCAAUAUAACCAAUUUCACAAAUAUCGUCAAGUUUCAGACGGUUCAGGGAGAAUAUUUGCUGUAUCGGCAGCAUGUUGCUUUCAGCAGGAUUUUCUGUCAUCAUUGCAGGGUUAGGCCAAUCUCUACCUUUGUCAAUCAUGUUAACCUUGCGCGUUGCAUGCUGGAACCAAGUGCUUACACGGGUUGCCAUCUUGAAUAAAGGUGUUGCUGUUUAACUAUUCUCCGAAUCAUACAAUUAUCAUUCCCAGUUCUUUCAGUUUACCACUUUAUUUGAGGGGGAGGGGUGGUUGUUGGGGGAUUUCGGGGGGGGGGACGGAUGGAUGAUCAGUCGUCCUUAGCAAAGCAUUAAAGGGCCACUAUAGAAAAUUGACUUCCCAGUGAGGGUGGAUCAUAUGAAUACUAAAGAGACUUAGAGGGGAUCAGGUAAAAUUUAUUGUGACAGAGUCAAAAUCUUCCAAACCCCUCCCCCUCAGGUGGUAAAUAAUGACCGGUUGACAUAUCCCUUGACGCUGUAUACUCUUAACUUUUUAAAUUAGUUACAUAUCAAAUUUUCUUUCACGAUCAUCUUGAGGGAUGGAAGUUUUAAAUGCAUGGUUGUCCGUCUCCUUUGUUCCUUUAAUCGUCAUUCUGUUUAGUAACAUUGUAUUUUGUCUUGGUCCACAGCUCCUUCUAGUGAUCCUCAGCUCAAACCAGACGAGAUCAGGGCACAAAUGAGCCAGCUUUUGAUGAAUUUUACGAUCGAUUUCAGAAGGCAUAUCUCGCUCUUAAACUUAAGCACAGAAAAGAACUGUUAA